AUGAAUCCUCAUUUAUUCAAGGUGAAUCCGUUGGAUUAUGGACGAUCUGAGGAAGUAACUCUUUCUCACUCUGAAAAGUUUCGUGUUGAUAAUUUUCUUCCAGUAAUUGAUCAAUUUUUUAGUUCCCUUAAUCAACAUUUGAAGGCCUACGAGAACACCUAUUCCCUUUUCGGUUUCUUAUCUGGACUGGAAUCACUGAGCUGUACUGAAAUAGAAGCAGCUGCAGUAAAAUUAGUUUGUGAAUAUAAAGAUGAUCUGGAUCAAUCACUUGGUGUUGAACUUGUACAGUUUGCAGCUUUUUUCACUCAGUUUCUGGAUGAUUAUGUUAAGACUGAUAGCUUUGGGAAGGAACAUUUCCUUUACAAAUUGCUGCUAGACAAGAAAGUUGCAGAUACUUUUCCUAAUGUUGCGAUAAUGCUACGGAUGUACUCGGUGCUUAUGGUCACAAAUUGCUCUGGAGAACGUUCAUUCAGCAAAAUGAAGUAUAUCAAAAACAGACUUCGUACUACAAUGCAUCAUGAUCGACUCAGUCACCUGGCUUUGAUGAGCAUUGAGUAUGACAUCCUCAGAGACAUUGACUGA